CAUUAGAUAAAACUAACUCAGCUGAUUCUGAGGGUGGUCAGGUGGAAAAUUUUUUCCGAUUUGGUUGAUCUUAUGUCAAAUGACCCAACUAUUUGACGGGCAUGACCGUGUUUUGAUUACAAAGCUACUCAAAUCUAAUACAGUCCAGCUAAAAACACUAAACAUCUGUUUUAAGUAGUACUUGGCAUGUUUCCAUUUUUAAAAAUUUGAUAUCUGAUGACUUUAUCUCUGGUAAAUACCUACCUUUUGACAGUUCCAUAACUAAAAUGCACAGCCACACAAACAAAUCUCCAGAGGAACUUACUAGGCUUCAUGUUUUUAAUCACUUAUCUGUUUUGACAAAAUAAUUGUUCUACCCAGAUGUAAAAGAUCAAGAGUUAAUUAGAAUUGCCUGUUGUUUCUGUUUACAGCCGUAGCUCCCACAUUGCAACAGUCUGUGCAAGUUCAGCUGCAGCUGGGCCGUUUCCUCCACGACUGGUGGUGUCCUCUCGACUGUGCUCUUCUGGCUCCAGUUAAACAUGUCGUCAUCGUAUGCUGCAGCUAUAUCAGCUUUACUUUCAACAAGUUCUUCUGAUCCACCCACCAAACCCGAUCCUCAGCCCGCCCCAGAUACAACAGGGAGUCCCAAACCCAACAAAAAGAGUCACACUCAGCCACCUGAACCUCUGCAGUCUUAUGAGGAGCAACAAGAGAAUCCAGCUGACUAUGGCAUAGGUGGUUACUACCCCGUGGAGAUUGAAGAAAUUUUCGUCGACCGUUACCAAGUGGUUAAAAAGUUAGGAUGGGGUCACUUCUCUACUGUGUGGCUCUGCUGGGAUAUGGUGAAGAGGCAUUUUGUGGCUCUGAAGGUGGUGAAGAGUGCUGAAACAUUCACAGAGACGGCACUGGAUGAGAUCAAACUUCUGAAAUGUGUAAGGGACAGCGACCCCAAAGAUCCUAAACGUGAGAGAAUUGUGCACCUGAUUGAUGAUUUCAGGAUCUCUGGAUCGAACGGUGAACAUGUCUGCAUGGUUCUGGAGGUUCUGGGUCACCAGCUGCUGAGGUGGAUCGUCAAGUCCAACUACACAGGCCUCCCUCUGCCCUGUGUUAAGAGCAUCCUCAGACAGGUUCUGCAGGGUUUAGAUUACCUGCACACUAAAUGCAAGAUUAUCCACACAGACAUCAAGCCUGAAAACAUCCUUCUUAGAGUGGACGACGUUUAUAUUCAAAAGCUGGCGGCCAACACCAAGCUGUGGCAGCUGCCUGUGUCACCUGCUUUCACCAGCUCCUCAGGGAACACAGGCUCCAGAGAAAAACAGAGUUUGUCCAACUUGCUGGGAAAGCUGACUGGGGUUUUCCACACUCUUGGGGAGUGGUCGAGCAAAGUUCCCAAGAGUCCGAUUAAGCGUCUGACGAGGAAAGAUAGAAGUCGACGAGGACAAGAGAGUUCAUCUGACCACAGACGAGACAAACCUCCCAUGUCGUCCUCUGAUGCUCCCUCCAGCACCAAAAGCUCCACUUGUCACUCCAAACUCUCAGGUCCCAACCUCAAAUUAAGGAGACAGACUCUGCUGUGGGAUGACGGACUGGACUCAGGUCCACGAAGCCACAAAGACUCAAUCUGCUCCUGGUUAGACCUCAGCACAGAUGCUCCUGUUUCUGGUUCCAGAUUAUUACAUCAAACUACAGACAAAGAGCCUCUUCCAUCUUUACCAUCCUCCCCUCAUGGCAGCAAUGACUCAGAUGUACUUCUGGACCUACUGAAGCCUCAGAAUGCCGACAAAAUCCAAAUUAAGAUCGCUGACCUGGGAAACGCCUGUUGGGUGCACAAACACUUCACUGAAGACAUCCAGACGUGUCAGUAUCGCUCUGUGGAGGUCCUAAUUGGUGCUGACUACAACACACCAGCUGACAUCUGGAGCACUGCCUGCAUGGCUUUUGAACUGGCCACAGGAGACUAUUUGUUCGACCCCCAGGCAGGAGCCACGUUUUCCCGGGAGGAAGAUCACAUCGCCCACAUCAUUGAGCUGCUGGGAUCUCUUCCAUGCCAGUUUGCCCUGUCAGGGAGAAACUCCAAACGAUACUUCAACCGUAAAGGACAACUGCGACACAUCUCGAGGCUGAAACCAUGGAGCCUAUUCGAGAUCCUGCUGGAAAAGUAUGAGUGGCCGCGAGAGGAAGCUGCCCAGUUCAGUUCGUUUCUAUUGACCAUGUUGGAGCUGCUGCCAGAGAAAAGAGCCACGGCUGCCGAAUGUCUGAAACACUCCUGGAUCACCUCCUAGACUCUAAAUGAGUCCACUGGAUUAUCUCUGUGACAUGGGACUUGGUCAGCUGUGGGAGUCGUCUGGUGCUGGCAUCAUGAGUACAGCUCUCAUUAAUAUUUAUUUGCCUGACCAGGAGCCUUUUUCCCACUUUGGUUGUUUGGUCUUUUAUUGUUUGAAUGGCUGUUUAAUUCAGGCACAGCGAUGACCAAAGACAGGCUUUGUCUUAGUGAAAAGUGCCUCCCAACAGGAUUAAAAAAUGCACAAAUUUCAAUAAACAGACAUAAGAUUG